AUGGCACCGCCGCCAGAUACUACUGCCCCUAGUUAUUGGUUGAAUUGGAGGUUCUUCCUCUGUGCACUCUUUAUUUUAAUGACUAUGGGUCUAGCAUCAUUUUUGAUAUGGAAGUAUGAAGAAUUGAAUAAAUCAAGGACUGAGAGAAGAGAAAGGCAAAGGGAAACAGCUGGGUCUCUUUAUGAGGACGAAGCAUGGAAUACGUGUCUUAAAAGAAUUCAUCCUGCUUGGCUGCUUGCUUACAGGAUAUUUUCUUUUAUUGUGCUUUUGUCUUUGCUCACUACCAAUGCGGUUGCCGAUGGAGGUGGCAUAUUUUACUUCUACACGCAGUGGACAUUUACUUUGGUCACUAUUUACUUUGGGUUUGGAUCAUGUGUCUCCAUAUAUGGAUGUUUCUAUAAACACAAAACAAUUGAUGGCAGCACAGUCAAUCAUGCACAUUUGGAUGCUGAAGAAGGCACUUAUGUAGCUCCUACACUUGAUGAUAAUCCCGAAUUGCCUAGCCUGUAUAAGAAUUCCAAUACCUCUCAGGAGCCUCAAACUCGGAAUACUGCUGGUGCAUGGGGUUAUAUUUUUCAAAUAAUUUUUCAGACUUGUGGAGGUGCCGUAGUGCUCACUGACGUUGUAUUCUGGCUUAUCCUUUAUCCAUCUAUGACAAAGAAAGAUGUCCGUCUGAAAUUUAUGGAUGUUUCUCUACACUCCCUAAACGCUGUAUUCCUCCUCGGAGAAGCAUUAUUGAACUGCAUGAGGUUUCCAGUGUUUCGAUUUGCAUAUUUUAUUUUGUGGACGGCUAUAUUUGUGAUUUUUCAGUGGAUCAUCCAUGCUUGUGUUUCAUUAUGGUGGCCUUAUCCUUUCCUUGACUUGUCAUCCCCAUAUGCAGCCUUAUGGUACACAGGUGUGGGUGUAAUGCACAUUCCAUGCUAUGCAGUCUUUGCUUUGAUAGUGAAGUUGAAACACUUGUGGUUGUCAAAAUUGUUUCCUGGGUCCUGUCAAUUUGUAAGGUGA